GACCGUUCGAUUGGUACUUGAGCGGCGACGCGUGGUGGAACACUCAGUCAUACGUUUCGCCGAGUAGUCGGACGAACGGGCGCCGGCGUGCUUCCUAUUUCUCUCUCUUUCUGUCUCUAGCUGCUCUCAUUCUGCGUCGCACUAUCUAUCCGCGGUCCGUCGAAGACACAACACGUGUUGGUCAAGCGCACAAUGACGGGGAAGAGUCCAGACCGUUUCUCCGCGUGGGAAGACGACGAGGCAGCCAAGCUCGUCAUCCCGAGUUACUACGACUCCAUCGUGUCUUCGAGCCACCAGACGCAGCUGUCGGACUCGGACACACGUAGCUCGUUGCUCCCCGACUUCUCAUUCGAGAACUCCUUCUCGGGACUCGCAGAUCGUUUAGACGGAUUAUCGCUGCGUUGUGGAUCGGAAACGCCACUCUCGUUCGGCAGCGGAGGCAGUGGCGCGAGCAGCAAACGUUCCAGUCCGCUCUCAUCCAACGAGUCCGUCCCACCACUUGCUAGCGCCGCCUCCGUGACUGUGUACGACUUCCCGUUGGAUGCCGUGACGCCAUCGCCACAUGCUUUUCCUCCUUUUGACCGACGCUGGAGCGCGUCGUCGUUUCUCGCCUCGACGCCUCAGUCUCCUAUCGACCCAUUCGGAACACCUGGAGGUGGAGGAGGAGGAGGCCCAUUCCCUGGGUCGUCGUACCCGUCGUUCUCUCCACUGUCCGAUCGCGACCGACAACAAAUGCAGCGCGAACGAAUGGCGAAGCGGUUUGGUAGUGAGCUGCAACAAUGUGGCAGACCUUGCAGAUCGUUAACGCAUCCGGCGAACGAGUUUCUACGAAACGGCGGCUGCAGUACGGUGUUCUAUGCGGCGCCUGAAGUCGUGUGCACGUGGAGCGGGCAGUUACCACCGCGCAUCUAUCGGAAUCCGACGUAUUCGUGUAAGGUGUUUCUUGGUGGUGUGCCGUGGGACAUAACGGAGCCGAAUCUCGUCAGCACGUUCAAGCCGUUUGGAAACGUCAAGGUUGAGUGGCCGGGGAAGGACAGCAAGCACACCAGACAUCCACCCAAAGGGUACGUCUAUCUCACGUUUGAGAUGGAGAGGUCGGUGAAGGCCCUGCUGCAGGCGAGUGUUCAAGGAGUGUGCGGGAGUGGCGAGUAUUACUAUCGUGUGUCUAGUCGACGAACAAAGAACAAGGAGGUGCAGGUUAUUCCAUGGGUAAUAUCUGAUAGCAACUCCAUCCGAUGCGCUUCACAUCGACUCGAUCCUGACAAAACUGUCUUUGUCGGCGGCUUACACGGACUAUUGAAUGCCGAUGAUCUCUCCUUGAUUAUGAACGAUCUGUUUGGUGGUGUGGUAUAUGCAGGAAUUGACACAGACAAGCAUAAGUACCCGAUUGGGUCGGGAAGGGUGACGUUUGGAAGUCAACGAAGUUUUAUGAAAGCUGUCCAGGCUGGAUUUGUGGAGAUCAAGACUCCGAAGUUUCAAAAGAGGGUGCAGGUCGAUCCAUACCUCGAAGACGCCAUGUGCGGCAUGUGUCACGUCAACCCUGGCCCCUUCUUCUGCCGCGAUCCCCAAUGCUUCAAAUACUACUGCCGCACCUGCUGGCAAUGGCAACACGCCGUCGAAUCUCUCCGACACCACAAACCACUCUCACGCUCAAGCAAGAGCCGAUAAACAGCACCAACCAACACUCAAGUCCUCACACCACUGAGGACCCGUUCUACCCAAAGUCUAAGUCAAAAAUUUUUACUCUAUUUAUGUGUCAAAUUUUCUAAGAAUUUUGGUGUCUAGUGCCACUGUGUGCCCCAUGUGAUUUUACCUUUUCGUUAGUGCUUAGCUUGUCUGGGGCCACUUUUGAGUCAUCGUCAUGGCGAUGACUGAAUUGCUGUUUAUGCACCCACCGACUGCAGGGGUUUUGGUUUGUUAGACUAAGUUUGUAGAGUUGCCGUAUUUAUGAUCAGAAUAUCUCAUCUCAGCUAGUGACAGUAUUAGUACGUUCUUUUUCUAGACGAUGUUGAGUUUGGAUAUUGUCGAAGGAGCUCGAUUCUCUUUUAGUGGCCGCUGCUUAUUGUUCAUCAUGUGUCGAAUUUUUAUUGAGUUCUCACGUUGUGUUUAGAGAACGACAGAAAUAUAUACCGUGGGCAUUGAAAUUGAGA